GCGACGACGAGCAUCCGCACCCCAUCAGUCUGUCCAUACAUUCCCUGUCCCUUCAGCCCAACGUCAAAACUCCAGCUUGUACCUGGAUCAUUUUGUCAAAAAAAAGUCUGAAAACACCUCCCCGGUACGUUACAGCCAAGCAGCUCUUGUAUGCUUGGCUUUGGAGAGACAUCUGUGAAGAACUCGGAGAUUACUGUUUCAGAGAAGCUGCCGCAGGAUGGAAACGCAGAUACAUGUGCCUGUCGGGUCGCCGGUUAUCAGGAAAAUUCCCGUGUUUGUAGACGAGCACAACGUGAAAGAAGGGGCGAUGAAGCUCAUUAAAGAGUUGAGACCGGCGUGGGAGCCUGACAGCGUCAGAACCAAGUCCUUCACCGAUGGGACCACCAACAAGCUGGUUGGUUGCUACGUGGAUGACAGCCCUGACGAUGUGGUCCUCGUCCGAGUGUACGGCAACAAGACGGAGCUGAUUGUGGACAGAGACAACGAGCUGAAGAGCUUCCAGGUGCUGCAUGCUAACGGCUGCGCCCCACGCCUCUACUGCACCUUCCAGAACGGAAUCUGCUACGAGUUCAUGCAGGGGGACGCUCUGGGGCCGCAGGACGUCCGGGACCCCGCCCUGAUCCAGCUGAUAGCUAGGGAGAUGGCUCGGAUCCACGCCAUCCAUGCGCACAACGGCUGCAUCCCCAAGCCCAACCUGUGGAUCAAGAUGCGGCAGUACUUCUCCCUGGUGGCCACAGAGUUCACCGAUCAGGCCUUCAACAUCAGAAUCCAGCAGGAGGUUCCCAGCAAGGCCGUGCUGGAGCAGGAGAUGCUGUGGAUGAAGGAACAUCUGUCCACUCUGGGCUCCCCUGUGGUGCUCUGCCACAACGACCUGCUCUGCAAGAACAUCAUCCACAACAGCAAGGAGGGUCACGUUCGCUUUAUAGACUACGAAUACUCCAGUUACAACUACCAGGCCUUCGACAUCGGCAACCACUUCAACGAGUUUGCAGGCAUGGCCAAGCUGGACUACGGCCUCUACCCGAGUGUCCAGAUGCAGAUGGACUGGCUGAAGGAGUAUCUGCAGGCCUACAAGCUGUUCACCAAGAACACCGACCAGGUCAGCCAGCGGGAGCUGGAGACGCUCUACGUUCAGGUCAACAAGUUUGCUCUGGCUUCCCACUUCUUCUGGGGCUUCUGGGCUCUCAUCCAAGCCAAAUACUCCUCCAUAGACUUCGACUUCCUUGGGUACGCCGUCCUUCGUUUCAACCAGUACUUCCACAUCAAACCCACAGUGAUGGCGCUGCAGAUCCCAGAGUGAGAGGAGGAGGAGGAGGAAGAGGCCGAGGGUCGGGUCGGGUCGGGUCGGUUCUGUCAACCUGCUGCUGGUGGGCGGGGCCUCUCACACCACCAGGCAGCCUCUGUCUUAAUCAAGCGCAAUUACUCUCCUGCAAACUUACCUCAGCAUCUUUCACCGGUCUGACCGCAGAAUGACUGAAGCUCCAUGUUAUUGAUUAAUUUCUUCAUGUUGGGGUCAGGGAUGUUGACCUCUGAGCCAGACUGAGGCUCGCAGCACUCCCCCUGUCCAGAUCAUUCGUCCUCCUGCUCCUCCUCAGGUUUGGUACCAGCAGCUCAUGUCUGCUGGGACUCUGUGACUCCACGGCCUUCAGGCGGCUGCUGCUGAGCCUCAGCUCAGCCGACGGGUCAAUCUGUUUGUCUGAAUCACACAGUGAGGAAGAGGAACUGGACGUUUAGUUUGUCUAUUUAUUUUCAGUUAUUUUUCGUCUUACCUGCGGCUCUGGCAGGUGUUGGUGUUUUGUUUUCGGGGCGGAUCGGAGCGUCUGUCCGCUUUUCCAGCUUCUUGGCCUUUAUGGCUGCAGCGACUCGCUCCGUUAACUUUCCAUUUCAGCUUUCCAGACAUGUUGGAAAAUCCCAACCUUUGACCCUAAACCCUCUGUAUCUGCUCUCUCUCUCUCCUCAUGUUUCAGCCCUCUGCUUCCCUCACUCCCACCUGCUUCCUACAUCUGGAGCCAUAUUGGAUUUUACUGUAACACAUGGGAUUCUGAGUCGUUCAAGGUCACUUUGUUAGUUUGGACAAAAUGAAUCUUUGAACCCGAUUUUAGAAAUGCAAGUUGAUAACUGUAUAAAUAUUUCGGGGUGCACCGAUUGCAAUUUUUUAGCUCAUCACCGAUAUUUUCCUUUUUUUCUUAAGCCUGACAUUCCAGUUUUAGCCUUUGUCACUUUCUUUUCUCUGAAAAGUUGCUGAAUGUGACUCCAAAAGUUGCCAACAGUUGCUGAGUGCUGUUAAACGUCCACAUUCAGCCCACCGGGUCACAUGGACAACAUGAUUCAUUGAACCCGUUUUUAGAAAUGCAACUUAACAAUGUCUAUAGAAACAUGUCGGGGCACAGAUUGCACUUUUUGACCAAUCAACAAUUUCUUUUUUUUUCUUUCUCUUUGAAGCCAAUUUUGGCUGACAUCAAUUUUUAUUUAUUUAUUUAUUUAUUUUUCUUGGUCUGAAAAGUUGCUAAUUAGAGCAUCAAAGGUUGUCAACGGCAGCUAAUACUACCAUGAAAGUCCAGCUUCAGAUACGACCAUAUAUGUCCAGCCGUGACCCGGUGGGCCGGUCCGUCACUCAGGUCACCAGGUCAAAGUGGGACAGGCUCAUGUCCAGACCUUUGCAGAGGCCCAUCACCGAAAAUGUAGGAAAUCUGAGCCAAUUCCUCAGUGCAUCCCUAUAAAAAUUGGUAAAAAAAGAAAAAAAAAAGUCAAAGUGAAAAACGUGUAGUAAAGUCCCUCCUGUUGGUUGACGUGUUCAGAGCCUGAAGAUGGGAAGGACCUUCAGUAAACUUAUCUGGCUGUGGGAUUGGUGCGUCUAUAUGACAGUCAUCCUCAAAACACUCCAUACUAGUUCAUCUAAAAAAAACAAUAGGUGCCUAAACCUUUGUCCUGCAUCGCUGGUGUCAUGUAGCUGCUGGGUUUAAUAAUUGAGCAGAUUCUGAUGCUGAUGCGCUUUGAGCUGCAGGGACUUCAGGGAGAAAGUGGAGGAGCCGUCCGUCUCUAAAGCCAAACCCUGUCUGUUCUGACAGAGGAUCAUUUUUUUGUCGCCGUGACGACUGCUGAAACGUGGUGCAUGUUUGGGAGAAGAGAAGCUGCAGUUGUCACCAGGCCACAAAGCAGCUCGUGUAGAUUUUCAGACUAAAUUAGUGAAGUAAACACUUCGAUGCACAAUCACAGCUCGGCCUGGAGAGAAGGCACAUUUGCACUGUAGAAACAUUUCGAAUUGACCUCUGACCUCGAGCCGACCUCCAUCUGAUGACAGACUUACUCAGAAAACACUGCAGACUGAUUCUGCUCAGAGCCGAGGCUCUAUGUUUGGACCACUGAGGUUUCUCUCUCUCAUCAGUAUUUCCAGAUGAGCUGGUUGCUUUGUGCUCAGCAGAGCAGAAUUAGCAUUAAAACAUUCCUGCACAUUAAUUUCCCACAAAUCUGUGAAAGCAGUUUAUUUGAGUGAAGCUAACAUUACAUUUCCCACCUUUUUAUCGUGUUCUUUAAUCACACCAGUGGCAGUCUAGCGUUGAACUGCAGGUUAUUUAAGGUUGGAUUAUUUCCGAGUGAAUGUACUAAUGUAUUUUAAAAAACACUGUUGAGUUUUUUAUUUUUACUUUAAUUUCCUUUUUGUAAAGCAUUGCCAGAAGCUCGGCGUUGUGUGUGAAAGGAGCCAGAGUUUGGCUUGCAGACGGGAAUUUGUAAAUGUGUGGAGAACAGAGGAUGUAAAUACUGUAAUCAAUCCUGUGAAAAGUUUACUGUACACUGAUUGUUCACAGCCUGUAGGAGUGAAAAGAAUUAUUUAACGACUUAUCGGUAAAUAUUUCAAUUUUUCAAUUAAAGGCUAAAUUGAUUUUAAAAGGA